AUGUAUCAUCAGUUAGAAAGACUACCCAAAACUAUCAUAAUUCCAUUCGUUUUUACAUCAAUUAUUAUAUUAAUAAGCUAUCAAUCUAUUCGACAUGUAAAAUGUCCAUUAUGUCCAAAAUCAAUACUUUCCUCGAAUAAUUUAUCAGAUAUAGAAGAUGAAAAAACUGCUGUCGAUGAUACUUCUUUAUUAUGUUUAGACUUGGCGCAACGUAUUGAUAGUGAACGCUAUUAUCCUCAAUCACCCGUCAUUUUUCCACCUGCAUUUAAUGAUACAAAAACUUUUCGUUUUCCUUACUAUCGUUAUUCACAUUGGAAAUCAUCAUCUAUUAUUCCUCGUGCACUAACUCAAUGUGAACAUACAUUAAUGAUGCAUUUAUUAAUGAUAAUUGAUCGAAUAUGUCGUGAAAAUAAAAUUACUUAUUUUAUAAGUGAAGGAACAUUAUUAGGUUCUCUAAGACAUCAUGAUAUUAUACCUUGGGAUGAUGAUCUUGACAUAAUGGUACCCAAUGAUAAACGAAAAAUUUUAAAUAAUGAAUUCAAAAAAAUAGAUAAAACAUUAAUUGGAUUUGCUUUUCAUCUUGGUGGGUCAAAAAAGGAAUAUGAUAAAUUAUAUUAUAAUAUUACUCAAAUUGCUGGAGAAAGGAAAUGGCAUUUUCCAUUUGUCGAUAUUUUUUUUUAUGAACAAAAUCAAACUCAUUUAUGACCACUUGGAUACUUAUGGAUACCAGCACCAAGAAAACCUAAACGUUUAUUUAAGUUUGAUCCUUUCGAGCAAUGUAAAACUAAUUUUUGGAAUCAUAGAAAUGAAACUAGACAAAAAGUAGUAACAGUUGAAUGCAAUCGUCUAAAAGAUAUUUAUCCAUUUGUUGAACCAGAUAAGAAAAAAGAAUGGAUUGAAAUUUUAAAAAUUAAUAAUACUAUUAUUCAUACAGUUGUUUUUACGUUAUAA